AUGGAUGGGGAAACGUGGCCAGCUAGGCCCACAGAAAGAAAAACACUUAAGCCUCUUGAUGAAAGGCCAGAUGAGAAGCCUCCACUCUCCCACGGAUCUCAAGACAAGUCCCAGGAGUUGCAGGGCCUGGAGAGCAUCCUCCCAAGCUGUUUCCUGAAAUCCAAGCCUGAAAGACAGGAGUUGGCCUUCAGGUGCUCGCCAGAAGCCUCCAUUCAUUACCCUGCUGGGAAGGAUCGUUUGAGUCUGGCCUCAGAGGGGGAGUGUUGGCUGUUCAAGAGUGGCUCCUUCAAGGAAUUUGGCUGCCAGAUGUCACCCAAGAAACUACUGAGGACUAAGCUGCCCACUGUCUCUCCACCAGAAGUAUGGAGCCGCCCGCCACCCUCCGGUGCCCGCACCCGCGCCCGCACCCUGCCUGCCACCGGCUCCGAACUGCCGCGCCCACUGUCACUGCCCGCCGCACAGGAGCGGGGCACAGAGCCGCCACCGCCACCGCACGGGGAGCUGCAGUACUUGGGGCAGAUUAAGCACAUCCUCCGCUGCAGCUCCCGGAAGGAUGACCGCAUGGGCACCGGCACCCUGUCGGUGUUCAGCAUGCAGGCGCGCUACAGCCUGAGAGAUGAAUUUCCACUGCUCACAACCAAACGUGUUUUCUGGGAAGAUGUUUUGGAGGGAUUGCUGUGGUUUAUCAAGGGAUCCACAAACGCUAAGGAGCUGUCUUCCAAGGGAGUGAAAAUCUGGGACGCCAGUGGGUCCCGAGACUUCUUGGACAGCCUGGGAUUCUCCACCAGAGCAGGAGAUCUAGGCCCGGUUUACGGCUUUCAGUGGAGGCAUUUUGGGGCCGAAUACAAAGAUAUGGAUUCAGAUUAUUCAGGCGAAGGAGUAGACCAGCUGCAGAAGGUGACUGACACAAUCAAAACCAACCCUAAUGACAGAAUCGUCAUCAUGUGUGCCUGGAAUCCAAAAGAUCUCGCGCUCACGGCCCUCCCACCCUGCCCUGCCCUUUGCCAGUUCUACGUGGUGAACGGUGAGCUGUCCUGCCAGCUGUACGAGUGGUCGGGAGACAUGGGCCUGGGCAUGCCCUUCAACAUCGCCAGCUACUCCCUGCUCACCUACAUGAUUGCACACAUCACAGGCCUGAAGCCAGGUGACUUUGUACACACUUUGGGAGAUGCCCACAUUUACAUGAAUCACAUUGAGCCGCUGAAAAUGCAGCUUCAGCGAGAACCAAGGCCUUUCCUGAAGCUCAAAAUCCUUCAAAAAGUUGAGAAAAUUGAUGACUUCAAGGCUGAAGACUUUCAGAUUGAAGGCUACAAUCCUCAUCCGACUAUUAAAAUGGAAAUGGCUAUUAAAAGUGCUUUUAAAGGAGUUGUUUGAAGCAUAUUUACACCCAGGUAAAAGUUCACUUUGCUCUAAACUGGGUCAGAAACCUGUUGGUGACCUG